AUGGUGCAGAAGAAUCAAAUUCAGGGUCGCCAAAAGAUCGCGAUGAAGAAGAUAGCAAAGAAGAACAAUCUUCAAGUAACUUUCUCUAAACGUCGUACCGGGCUCUUUAAGAAGGCUAGUGAACUUUGCACACUUUGCGGGGUCGAUGUUGCGAUCAUAGUCUUCUCCCCUGCAGGCAAGGUCUUCUCUUUCGGCCACCCUCAGGUUGAGUCCACCAUUGAUCGGUUCCUCACUCGAAGCCCCUCUCUUCAUGUCUCUAAUACGCAUAGCCUUGUUGAAGCUCAUCGAAAUGCUAAUAUCCAGGGGCUUAAUGUACAAUUAACUCGACUGCUAGAGAUGUUAGAAGUCCAGAAAAGGAAGGGAGAAGCACUUGAGGAGAUAAGGGAAGCUGGGCGGCGGCAAUGCUGGUGGCAAGCCCCGAUCGACGAACUUGGAUUGAAUGAGCUAAAACAGUUGAGAAUUGCGCUUGAGGAGCUAAACAGGAAUGUCAAAAACCAAGCCCACAAGGUGUUGGUUGAGUCCAACUGCUGGCAGUUUUUGGCAGCAAAUGGUAUUGGCGGAGGUGUUAACAAUGAAGCCAAUGAAAUGAAGGCUGCUUCGAGUGUUACUCAAGUGUAUAAUUUGGGUCAUGGCCUGUUCUGA